AUGGCCCAAACUUCCGCCAACAUCCCUAAAGACAGCGGAGAGGCUAUUCUCGCCGCUGACGAGACAACGGACGACGCUGUGUCAGUCCUCGGCAGCAUCUCGUCCUCAAGCGCUAGUGUGAGCAGUUCCAUCCUCGACUACCGCACCGAGAACGGCAGGACCUAUCACCGGUACAAGGAUGGAAAGUACAGCUACCCCAACGACGAGACGGAAAGCGACCGCCUCGAGAUGCAGCAUAACCUCUUCCUCGUCACGUACGACAACAAGCUGGGCACGGCGCCGCCGAAUGACACGAGUCUCGGCGUGGAGGUGAAGCGGGUGCUGGACGUCGGCACGGGGACGGGGGUUUGGGCGGUUGAGUUUGGGGAUGAGCAUCCUGAGGCUGAGGUUCUUGGCGUUGACUUGUCUGCCAUUCAGCCGGAUUUCGCCCCGCCGAACGUGAAGUUUGAGAUUGACGAUAUCGAAGAACCCUGGACAUUCGCCCAGCCCGGCCUGGCCCCCGGUGGCUACUUCGAGAUGAACGAGAUGGACCACCCCACCUCCGACGACGGCACCCUCCGUCCAGAGCACGCUCUGCACAGAUACCUCGCCCUCGUCUUCAGCGCCCUCGAAAAGUCCGGGCGCGCGUUCCAAAGCAUCCCCGCGCUGAGGGGCAUGAUGCUCGACAUCGGCUUCCGCGACGUGACGAUGACGAAGUAUAAGUGGCCGACGAACCCGUGGGCGAAGGACGCGAAGCAUAAGAAGAUUGGAGCCUGGAGUAACGAGAAUCUUAAUGCGGGCGUCGAGGCGUGGGCUAUGGCGCCAUUUACGCGGGUUCAUGGGUGGACGCGGGUGGAGGUUCAGGGGUUUCUGGUCGAUGUUCGGAAGGAUUUGGGGGAUCGACGUAUUCAUGCUUAUUGGCCCAUGUAA